CUCGUCCCGCCACCUCUCCCUCGUCUCCGUGCAGACCUGCUGUCCACCAACAGGUCGUCCAUCUUCAGCGGCCACCACGGCCAGCUCUCGCUAACCGCAGUCUUCCUGGACGAGUACCACGACCGCCUCUUCCUCGGAGGGAAAGACGUUCUCUACUCUCUCACGCUGGGCCCUGUCAGCACCGAGUCCAAAGAGAUCUAUUGGCCGCCGUUGCCAGGCAACAGGGAGGACUGUGUUCAAAGGGGGAAGGACCCACAGACGGAGUGUGCCAACUUCGUUCGCCUCCUGCAGCCCUUCAACCGCACUCACCUGCUGGCCUGCGGCACCGGAGCCUUCCAGCCCAUGUGUGCGUACGUCUACGUGGGACACCGAGGAGAGCAUGCGUUUAGCAUGGACCCAGUGAACGUGGAGAAUGGCCGGGGGAAGGUUCCUCAUGACCCCAGCCUCCCCUUUGCAAGCACCUUCAGUGGUGGGGAACUGUACACGGGGCUGACGGCAGACUUCCUGGGGAGGGACUCGGUGAUCUUCAGGAGCAUGGGAGGCCGCUCCACCAUGAGGAUAGAGACCGACCAGAAACUGCUGCACGACCCGAAGUUCGUCGCCGCUCACCUCAUCCCCGACAACGAUGACAGAGACAACGACAAGGUGUACUUCUUCUUCACGGAGAAGGCCAUGGAGGCGGGCGACAGGGAGGGGGCCAUACACACACGAGUCGGACGAGUGUGUGCGAAUGACGUUGGCGGUCAGAGAGUGCUGGUGAACAAGUGGAGCACCUUCAUCAAGGCCAGACUGGUCUGCUCUGUCCCGGGACCUCACGGCAUCGACACACACUUCAACCAGCUGGAGGAUGUGUUCCUGCUGAGGACGAAAGACGAGAGGAACCCCGACGUGUACGCCAUCUUCAGCACCAUCAGCAACGUGUUCCAGGGCUUUGCGGUGUGUGUGUACCGCAUGGCCGACAUCAGAGAGGCCUUUAACGGGCCCUUCGCUCACAAAGAGAGCCCUGACUAUCAGUGGGGGGUCUACGAAGGCAGAGUCCCCUACCCAAGACCAGGAGUGUGUCCCAGUAAAAUCACCAACCAGCCUGGCAGAGAGUUCGGCAGCACCAAGGACUUCCCCGACUCGGUGCUGCAGUUCGCCCGCAGCCACCCGCUGAUGUGGCGGCCGGUGCACCCGGCGUUGCGGCAGCCGGUGCUGGUCAAGGCCAAUAUCCCCUACCGGCUGAAGCAAAUCGUGGUGGACCGGGUCGAGGCAGAGGACGGGCAGUAUGACGUCAUGUUCAUCGGCACAGAUGUCGGCACGGUGCUGAAGGUCAUUUCUCUGCACAGCGGCAACAGCCUGGAGAUGGAGGAGAUCACGCUGGAGGAGCUACAAGUCUUUAAGGUUCCAACUCCAAUUACAUCGAUGGACAUAUCAGUCAAAAGGCAAGCCCUGUACGUGGGCUCUCCGGCAGGUGUGGCCCAGGUGAAGCUGCACCGCUGUGAGACCUACGGGAAGGCGUGUGCAGAGUGCUGCCUGGCCAGAGACCCGUACUGCGCCUGGGACGGCUCGUCCUGCGCCCGCUACCUGCCCAACAGCAAGCGACGCUACCGCAGGCAGGACAUCCGGCACGGGAACCCUGUGCUGCAGUGUGUGGACCAGAACCUGAGCGUGGAAGAGCUGGACGUGACGGAGGACAGGGUGGUGUACGGGACGGAGAACAACAGCACCUUCCUGGAGUGUGUUCCUCGCUCCCCGCAGGCGACCGUCACCUGGCUCGUCCAGCGCGACGACCGCAAGGAAGAGGUGAAGCUGGAUGAUCGGGUGAUGCGCACAGAGCAGGGCCUCCUGUUUCGUCGCCUCUUCCGUCAAGACGAAGGCGUGUACAUCUGCCGCUCCCGAGAGCACGGCUUCACGCAGACCCUGGCCCGCCUCACGCUCGACGUCCUCCAGGGGGAGACACUCGGCGAGCUGCUGGCGCGCGAUGACGCCGGUCUGUCCGACUCGUUCAAGGAGCGUUCAGCGGGGAGCUACCGGGCCUGGCUGCCCUGCAGCGCCUACAGCCGCGGUGGGUCGGCGGGCCAGUCCCGGUCAUGGUUCAAGGAUAUCAUGCAGCUGAUCGGGCCGUCCAACCUGCCGCACGUGGAGGAGUACUGCGAGAGGAUGUGGUGCAACGACAAGCUGAGGAGGAAACACAAGAGCAUGCUGGAGAAAUACCGCCAGGCGCGGGAGAGCGCCGCGAGGGCUCGCAGCAAGAGCUCCGGGGAACGCAACAGGACGCCGCGGGACCUCAGCCAGUGGGAGGAGUAACACGGAGAGAGAGGGGAGGGGAUAAAAAAAAAAGAAGAA